AUGAGUUAUCCUGUGACUGGACUGACGAGUUAUCCUGUGACUAGACUGAUGAGUUAUCCUGUGACUGGACUGAUGAGUUAUUCUGUGACUGGACUAAUGAGUUAUCCUGUGACUGGACUGAUGAGUUAUCCUGUGACUGGACUGAUGAGUUAUCCUGUGACUGGACUGAUGAGUUAUCCUGUGACUGGACUAAUGAGUUAUUCUGUGACUGGACUAAUGAGUUAUCCUGUGACUGGACUGAUGAGUUAUCCUGUGACUGGACUAAUGAGUUAUUCUGUGACUGCUGCGCGUAAACGUUCCUUUACUUAA